GGCCGGGCCGGAGCGCUUUGGCGGUUGCACCGGGGCAAGAUGGCGGAUCGGGAGGAGGCGCUGAGGGAGUUCGUGGCCGUGACCGGGGCCGAGGAGGAGCGAGCGCGCUUCUUCCUGGAGUCGGCGGGCGGGGAUCUGCAGAUUGCCCUGGCCAGUUUCUAUGAAGAUGGAGGUGACGAAGACAUCAUCACACUCCCACAGCCAGCUCCCAGCUCUGUUACCCGAGGCACUGCACCCAGUGACCACAGGGUGACGUCAUUCCGAGACCUUGUCCAUGCUCAGGAGGAGGAGGAGGAGGAGGAGGAAGGACAAAGAUUUUACGCUGGGGGCUCUGAGCGAAGCGGGCAGCAGAUUGUUGGUCCUCCGAGGAAGAAGAGCCCCAAUGAGCUGGUUGAGGACUUGUUCCGAGGGGCCAAAGAGCAUGGAGCUGUGGCUGUUGACAGAGCAGCCAAGAGCCCUGGGGAAGGCAGCAGGCCAAAGGCCUCACAGUUCCUUUCUCUCUCGCAGCCCUUUGCAGGUGGAGGGUACCGCCUGGGAGCUGCUCCCGAGGAGGAGUCUGCUUAUGUUGCACCAGAGAUGAGGCAGAACGCUGCCCAGGAUGUGCACGUGGUCCUGAAGCUGUGGAAGAGUGGGUUCAGCCUGGACAGCGGAGAGCUAAGGAGCUACCAAGACCCAUCCAACUCCCAGUUCCUGGAAUCCAUCCGCAGAGGGGAGGUUCCUGUGGAGCUUCGCCGGUUGGCCCGUGGCGGGCAGGUGAACUUGGACUUGGAGGACCAUCGCGACGAGGAUUUCUCAAAACCCAGAGGUGCCUUCAGGGCUUUCACCGGGGAAGGACAGAAACUGGGAAGCACUGCCCCCCAGGUGAUGGGCGCAGGCUCCCCAUCGCAGCAAGCCGAAAACGAAGCCAAAGCCAGCUCCUCCAUCACCAUCGACGAGUCAGAGCCCACCACCAGCAUCCAGAUCCGGCUGGCGGACGGGGGCCGGCUGGUCCAGAAAUUCAACCACAGUCACAGGAUCCGCGAUGUCCGACUCUUCAUAGCGGACGCCAGGCCUGCUAUGGCCGCCACGAGCUUUGUCCUCAUGACCACUUUCCCCAACAAAGAGCUGACAGAUGAGGACCAGACCCUGAAGGAAGCCAACCUACUGAACGCUGUCAUCGUCCAGAGGUUAAUAUAAGGGAACCUGCCCGGUGGCUGCCUGCCCACGCCCUAUAGCCUCCUACGGGGCGGCUCUCCGGGCGCGAAGGGCAGUCUCACGGCCGCCUCGUAGUGCUGGGUUCGAAGCUCUUGCGUUGGACUCUUUAGUUGCGUUCCCCACUGUUUUGUUUUCUUUGUGCUGAUCCAUGGACUUUAAAAAAUAAUAAUAAUAAUAA